CGAGAAAAACAAAGAAAUCAGGGGCAACGUGGUAAUUCCACUAACUCUCCCCAUUCAACCCCAAACAAAAAGACGUUGGUUCGUUCCGUUUGAAGAAGAAAACUGAGAUCUGAUUCGACGAUGGAGAACACCGGCAGUCUCAUAUCGAAGGAGAAGCUCGACCAGGUCGCCAUGUGGCUUGGCUCCACCGUCUCCUCCGCUUUCUUUUCCUCCUUGGAACGCUUUUCCUGCGUCAACAUCGCCACCUCUGACCCCGACAACGACGAUGACGACGACGAUUACUACUCCACCACCACCGCCACGCCCACCGCAGCCUCCGUAGCAUCCGCCGAGCCAACCACAACCGCCGCCACCACCGAUCCUCCUUCCGUUGAGGUCAACGGCCAAAACACAAACGACGUCUCCAACCUCCCCGUUUGAGACCGCACGACGACGUCGUUUCUGCUGAUGCUGCGAUGUAUAGACCUUUUUCCUUUUCCUCCUUUCGUGUGUGUUAAGUAAGGAAUCCCGAUCUCCAUUUCUACAUAAUUUUUGAAGUGGUGAAAAAUGUGGUGUCAUGCCGUUUUAUGCCUCUUUACCUAUAUAAUUGAUUAAUUACUUGCUUAUAUAUUUCUAUUAAAUAUAUUAUUAUUAUUUAUUUA